CAGCAGCAGCGUGUUUACGGCAGCCGGUUUCCCACAACAUCUGACAUCAUGGCAGAUGCUGCGCAGAGUCCCGAUCCCGGAGAGGGUCUAAUGGAGAACCAGGAGGGUCCAGCUUCGGGUCCAGCUCCGGGGACAGACAGCGGGACACCGGGGGAGGGAUCCCGGGAUAAACCGGUGUGUCUGAUCGUGCUGGGGAUGGCGGGAUCCGGGAAAACUACCUUCGUUCAGAGGCUGACGGCUCACCUUCACAAUCAAAAAGCUCCUCCGUACGUCAUCAACCUCGACCCCGCCGUCCACGAAGUACCUUUCCCCGCAAACAUCGACAUCAGGGACACCGUGAACUACAAGGAGGUGAUGAAGCAGUACGGCCUCGGACCCAACGGAGGCAUCGUGACGUCACUCAACCUGUUCGCCACACGCUUUGAUCAGGUGAUGCAGUUCAUAGAGAAGAAGCAGCAGAAUCACAGGUACGUCCUGAUCGACACGCCGGGUCAGAUUGAAGUCUUCACCUGGUCGGCGUCUGGCACCAUCAUCACGGAGGCUCUGGCGUCGUCUUUCCCCUGCGUGGUCAUCUACGUGAUGGACACGUCCCGCAGCGUCAACCCGGUCACGUUCAUGUCCAACAUGCUGUAUGCCUGCAGUAUUCUCUAUAAGACCAAGCUGCCCUUCAUCGUGGCCAUGAACAAGACGGACAUCAUCGACCACAGCUUCGCCGUGGAGUGGAUGCAGGACUUUGAGGUUUUCCAGGACGCUCUGAACCAGGAGACGUCGUAUGUCAGCAACCUGACGCGCUCCAUGAGUCUGGUGCUGGACGAGUUCUACACAAACCUGAGGGUGGUCGGUGUGUCUGCAGUGACGGGAAGUGGAUUAGAUGAUCUGUUUGUGCAAGUGGAGGACGCUGCACAGGAGUACGAAAGAGACUAUCGACCUGAAUAUGAAAGACUCCGCAAACAGCUGGCCGACGCUCAGAGCAAGAAGCAGCAGGAGCAGAUGGAGCGGCUCAGAAAGGACCUGGGAGCUGUUGACAUGAAGAACCAACCUCGUACAGAGGACCCUGACAUCGCCGGACCCAGUGACCUCAUCAUGACCCGUGGUAACCCCGACGAGGAGGAGGAGGACGAGGAGGGCAGCGAUACAGACGACAUCGACCACACGGCAACGGACGAGAGCAAAGAGAGCGACGCCUUUGGGAACUUCCUGACGGAGAGGAAGCAGGUGGUGGAUGUCCGAAACAAGAAGCGUGCAACGCCUGAUGGACCCUGACCUUUGGCCUCUACGUCCCGACGUUGAACUCUGCGAGGAAAGAAAAGCACGGAGAGAAUGUAGCGGAGGGAAAUCCUUCAGUGGGGUGCAGACUAUCACCUGGAGCAGAUUCAGCCGCGGUGCUGCAGACGCUUCACCGAUGAUGGGUUCACUCAGAUGCCCAGGUGUGAAACCUGAACCCUUUGAGUUAAGCAGGUGACCUCUGACCCUGCCGAGCAGAGUGGCCGCUCCUCUGUGACGCUCCCCUCCCUGACAGAAGUUAUAUUUUUAUACAGUGAGAAGCUUUUUGUGUUUUUGGUAUUUGAGUUUUGUUGUGAAAGCACUAAAAGGAUUUAUGAUCAUGGAAAUAAAAGCUUUUAGUUCCAGAGA